GGCGGGACCGGGCGGCGGCGGCGGGGCGAGAGCGGCGGCAGCAUGGUGGGGCAGGAUUCUGCACCCUCAUCCUGCGACUGCUUCGUGGCACUGCCGCCGCACACUGCGACGCCCGCCGUCAUCUUCGGCAAGAACGCCGACCGGCCGCGGCACGAAGUCCAGGAGGUUGUCUACAUCCCCGCCGCCACCCACCAUCCCGGGGACAAAGUCCAGUGCACCUACCUGGAGAUCGAGCAGGUGGAGAGGACCCAUGCGGUGGUGCUGAGCCGUCCCGCCUGGCUGUGGGGUGCCGAGAUGGGCGCCAAUGAACACGGUGUCUGUGUGGGCAAUGAGGGCGUCUGGACCCGUGAGCCCAUCGGGGAGGAUGAGGCGCUGCUGGGGAUGGACCUGGUGAGGCUGGGUUUGGAGCGGGGCAGCUCUGCCCGGGAGGCUCUGCAGGUGAUGGCGGCGUUGCUGGAACGCUACGGCCAGGGUGGGAGCUGCAAGGAGGAGCCGGUGCCCUUUGUCUACCACAACACCUUCCUGCUGGCUGACCGCACCGAGGCCUGGGUGCUGGAGACGGCCGGCCGGUACUGGGCAGCCCAGCAGAUCAGAGAGGGCAGCCGCAACAUCUCCAACCAGCUCAGCAUCGGGAGGGAGAUCACGGCCGAGCACGCGGGGCUGCGGCAGCGAGCGCACAGCCAGGGCUGGUGGAGCGGGGCUGCCGAGUUCAACUUCGCCGAGGUCUUCUCCCUGCCGCACCAGCCCGCUCGCAUGGAGGCUGCCAAGGCCCGCUACUGCGCCGGCAAGGAGCUGCUGCGGCAGCACGCAGGUCACAUCAUGGCAGAGACGUUCAUGGCCAUCCUGCGGGACAAGGAAAGUGGGAUCUGCGUGGACUCGGAGGGGUUCCACACGGCAGGCAGCAUGGUGUCCGUGCUGCCCCAGGACCCCGCCUUGCCCUGUGUGCACUUCUUCACAGCCACCCCUGACCCCUCCAGGUCCGUCUUCAAGCCCUUCGUCUUUGUGGCCGGCCUCAAGCCCGCACCACAGGUGAGAUCUCCCACCUUCCGCGACGACCCUGCCAAGCAAAUCCCACGGUUCCAGAACACAGUCGAUCGGCGGCAUGAGCUCUACUGCCGGCACCAGGCAGCCCUGGAGCUGAUGGAGAGGGACCAGGAGCAGGGCCAGAAGCUCCUGCAGACGCUGCGGGACCUGGAGAAGCAGGGUCUGGAGGGGAUGAACGCGCUGCUGGGAGGGAAGGUGACCCCCAGCUCAGAAGAGCUGGCCGACCUCUUCUUCGACUGCGUGGAGGCAGAGAUGAAGUUUUACACAUAAACCUUGCGCAGGUGGGUGGGCUCGCGCCCCCUCCCUGUGGAAUUGCUCCUGGAUAGGGUAUGGAGAAAACCCUCCCUGUGCCCAGCCCUGGCUUCUCACCUCCUCCCACCAAAAAUGUGCCAGCACAGCUGGAACAGCUCAACUGGCAUCUCCAGCCCUGCCUGGGGGGUGCAGAGCCUCCAAGCCCCCUAACUUGCCCUGGAGGAAUCAGCAGUUUGAGAGGCAGCCAUGGCCGGGAACGCAGGUGCCGGGGGAAGGAGAAGGACAAGGGACGUGGAGCAGGAUUUGGGGUCCUGCCUGCAGCCCUGUGUCUUUUCCCACCAUCAGGCAGAGCUGCCUGUGCCUGGCCCCUCUGGGGCUGGCUGCGGGGCUGGGGGCUCCAUCGCAGACAGGCAAAUUGCUGUAGGAAUAAAGAGGCUUUAAUCCCAA